AUGUCAGAAUAUCAUUCCGAUGAAUCUACUACUAUAACGUUUGUAGAAGAUGAAGAUUCCGGUGCAAAGCUUGAUCCUAUUGUUAAACAGAUUUUAAAUGCUCAAGUCCAAGUUGCCAAGACGAGACGAUCCUAUUUCCAAUUAUUUAGAUUUGCUACUAAAUAUGAAUUGGCAAUUAUGUUUAUCGGAAUGAUAUUUGCAGGUGUUGCAGGUUCCGCGAUG